AUGGAGGAUUCAGGCAUCCAGAGAGGCAUCUGGGAUGGAGACGCAAAGGCUGUCCAGCAAUGUCUCACAGACAUUUUCACCAGCGUGUACACCACCUGUGACAUCCCCGAGAACGCUAUAUUCGGUCCCUGUGUCCUGAGCCACACUUCCCUGUAUGACAGCAUAGCUUUCAUCGCUCUGAAGUCUACCGACAAGAGAACAGUACCUUAUAUCUUCCGGGUAGACACCUCCGCGGCUAACGGUUCCUCAGAAGGUCUCAUGUGGCUUCGGCUGGUCCAAUCAGCCAGAGAUAAAGAAGAGCAGAACCUUGAAGCCUACAUAAAAAACGGACAGCUGUUCUACCGCUCUCUCCGCAGGAUCGCCAAAGACGAGGAGUUGCUAGUUUGGUAUGGGAAGGAACUGACCGAGUUACUCUUGCUCUGCCCGUCCAGAUGCCACAGCAAGAUGAACGGGUCGUCCCCGUACACGUGCCUGGAAUGCAGCCAACGUUUCCAGUUCGAGUUCCCCUACGUGGCGCAUCUGCGUUUCCGCUGCCCCAAGAGACUGCAGGGCGCUGACAACGGUCCCCACGACGAGCAGGGCGGCGGCGCGGGCGCCAAGGACCACGGGGGCGGCGGCGGCAAAGACCCGCAGCAGCAGCAGCCGCCGCCGCCGCAGGACGCGCCCCUGGGCCCGGCCCCCAAGUUCUGCAAAGCCGGCCCGCUGCACCACUACCCGGCCGCGUCCCCCGACAGCGCCGGCGGCAGCGGCGCGAAGCCGUCCACGGACUUCCACAACCUGGCCCGGGAGCUGGAGAACUCGCGCGGGGGCGGCGGCGGCGGCGGCUCCCCGGCCCCCAGCGUCGCGGGCGGCGGCCACCAGGAGGCGGAGCGGAGUCCCGACGGCGGCGGCGGCGGCGGCAAAGGGAAGAGGCGGCUCCCGGAGGACGCGGCGGAGGCCGGCGGCGGGACGGCGGGGGCCCGGGGGCGCUUCCCCGAGCGGCCCGCGCCCGCGUCCGCGGAGGACCUGGUGUGCACCCCGCAGCAGUUCCGCGGCGCGGGCAGCUUCUUCGGCCUGGAGGAGAGCGGCCGGCUGUUCGCGCCGCCCAGCCCCGAGACGGGCGAGGCCAAGCGCAGCGCCUUCGUGGAGGUGAAGAAGGCGGCGCGCGCGGCCGGGCAGCAGGAGGAGGCGGCGGCCGACGGCGCGGGCCUGCCGCCGCUCGCGCUGGGCCAGAAGCUGGGCGCGCUGGAGCCCUGCCACCCCGGCGACGGCGCGGGCCCCGCCAGACUCUACCCCGCCGCCGACCCGCUGGCCGUGAAGCUGCAGGGGGCCGCGGACCUGAACGGGGGCUGCGGGGCGCUGCCGAGCGGCGCGGGCGGGCUGGCCAAGCAGAGCCCCUUCCUGUACGCCACGGCCUUCUGGCCCAAGAGCGCGGCGGCGGCGGCGGCGGCGGCGGGGCCCCUGCAGCUGCAGCUGCCGUCGGCGCUCACGCUGCUGCCGCCCUCCUUCACCUCGCUGUGCCUGCCCGCGCAGAACUGGUGCGCCAAGUGCAACGCGUCCUUCCGCAUGACCUCCGACCUGGUGUACCACAUGCGGUCGCACCACAAGAAGGAGUACGCCAUGGAGCCCCUGGUGAAGCGGCGGCGGGAGGAGAAGCUCAAGUGCCCCAUCUGCAACGAGUCGUUCAGGGAGCGCCACCACCUCUCCAGACACAUGACCUCGCACAACUGACGCGGGAGCACCCGGCGCUGCAUGCGCGCGCGCGCGCACGGUCCAGCCACCUGCGGGAGCAGACACGCGAGGACGCCCACCGCUUCCUUGCGCCCCGAAACCCUGCAC